AUGUAUAAUGAUCGUCAAAAUCGCGGACAUCAGCCACCUAUUGCCAAUGACCAUGCAUCAGGACAACUUGUAUAUCAAGAUGCGACUGACGUUUCGACUGUCGGUAGUGAUAUCUAUGCGAGUGCAGAUACUAUAAGAACUGGUAUGGCAGAACCAACUGUGGAACCUGAAACAUCAAGUGCGAGCACGGGAGCGGUGAUGACAACUGGGAUACUCAAUAAUAAUAUGAGUGAUGGUGUACGUCUGGCUGGGUCUACAGAGCCAGACAGGGGAAGAAUAGAGGUUUUAUAUAAAGAAGAAUGGGGAACUAUAUGUGAUACAUACCUCGAUUUUAACGACGCUCGUGUGAUUUGCAGGAUGCUGGGAUAUGAGUACGCAGCGUGUGUUAUGGGAGGGUCAGCAACUGCUAAUGAGUUUGGCUCGGGUACAGGAAGAAUUUGGCUUAGUCAAGUGCAAUGUACAGGAUACGAAGAAGACAUAGGUUUAUGUCAACACGAAGGAUGGGGAACUAGAAACUUCGAACUCAGUUUUUUGGUUUUUGAUGCAACAAUGUAUAAUGGUCAUCAAAAUCGCCGACAUCAGCCACCUAUUACUAAUGAAUAUGCAUCAAGACAAGUUAUAUAUCAAAAUGCGACUGACGUUUCGACUGCCAGUAGUGAUAUCUAUGCGAGUGCGGAUACUAUAAGAACUGUGGAGAUAACAACUUGGAAACACAAUGAGGAGACGAGUGAUGGUGUACGCCUGGCUGGGUCUACAAGGCCAGACAGGGGAAGAAUAGAGAUUUUAUAUAAAGGAGAAUGGGGAACUAUAUGUGAUACAUACCUCGAUUUUAACGACGCCCAUGUGAUUUGCAGAAUGCUGGGAUAUGAUCAUGCAACGUGUGUAAUGGGAGGGUCAGCAACUGCUAAUGAGUUUGGCUCGGGUACAGGAAGAAUUUGGCUUAGUCAAGUGCAAUGUACAGGAUACGAAGAAGACAUAGGUUUAUGUGAACACGAAGGGUGGGGAACUGUUAGUUGCGGCCACGAUACGGACACUUCCGUGUGUUGUACUUAUUAACGUAUAACGCAAGUUCAACAUCGUUAAUUGCCCUACCAAUUUCUAAUUGAGUUUUGAAAGUCUUUCAACAUAUUUUUUCGCCCUGACAUUAGUUGUUGAUAUCGAAAUAGUAUUCAAUGCGUUUUUAAAUGAAAACAAACUCAUCUCUCUACCGAUUCAACGUUAAUAAAUAUUCAACACAUGCUUUGUAAAUUUCACUUCUGAAAUUUUCCAAGGGUAGAAAAGGGAAUAAAGAUUGUGAACCCUUGGGCAAUUGCUUGGUUGUAUUUGCGCUCAUCAUCAGCAUGACGUUAAUUGACUGAACUGAACCAUUGGACACGAAAUUACAUAUGAAUUGUUUUAUUACUAUUAUGUUUUUCUUUAUCUUG